UUUGCACAGUAAACACGCCAAAAUUUAAUAUUCCCUAACAAUGGCUAGAAGGGGUGGAAAACUCAGUGAAAAUCCAGUUGACCGGUUGAAGCAGAUCAAUUAUUACGAGGAGCAACGCAAUUUGAAACCGGGACAGUGUAAUAAGUACCUCCAUGCGGUCAUCGAUCCAGAUUUUCUACAGGGUCAACAUGGGGCCGAAGUACUGUCUAAGCUAAACGAACUGAACCUCAAGUACGAAAUCGAACAGCAACUGGCUCCACGUGUCAUUACUUUCUACCGCGCUACUCAACAGAUUCUCACACAACAAGGAACAAUGACAGACAGAACGGCCGACCAAAAGUUCUUCAUUCACCUUCUGCUGGGCGAGGAAUUCGUACGACACGUCAAGGAGCAAAGUUUACUGUCCACCAUCGAGCAGCUGCGGGAUCUAUACCCAGGGAGAACUAUUUCGCUGUUGGUGUUUGGAUUGGUUGGCUAUUGCCGUGAUAAUCGGGGAUGCGUUGGCCGUAAGGACACGGAAAUGGCCCUCACGGAGGUGCAGCUGUUUGCGGGCUGCUCUCAUCAGUUGGUCGAAACGGCCGAGGAAGUGGGCAAUUUUGUUGCUCAGCUGGGGAAGAGCAUAGCGGAGCUACCCUACAAACAGCAACAGCAGAAGAAGUACAGUCAAGAACAGCUAUACCUAGGCAACGAGAAGAAGGGUUGCGUCCGAGUGGACGGUACAUCCGGUUUGCACCAAUUGUACCAGAAUCAACUGAUAAAGAUCCCAUCGGUAACGUUGGAAGUAGCGGAGGCCAUCAUCAGUGUGUACCCGAGUCUGAGUCAAUUAAUCGAUGGGUUUCGGUUUGCUUCCAAUGCUCCAAAUCUGCUGGCAGAUAUUCCCAUCAGACGAGCGGGUGGACCAAUUACGAGUUCGAUUCGACGAAUAGGACCGGAACUGAGUAAAAAGAUCUACCUGCUAUACAGCAGUACGGAUCCGAAGCAGGAGUUAUGAAAAGGUGAGAUGGUAGGUUUUCUGAUUUCGUUCCUUCGACUGAGAAGAUGUGAUAAGCAUUU